AUUAUGCUUUGACAUUAACGGUUAACAUAGUUUCAAAUAUUUUGCUUUUGCUUUAAGUAAGUUUCAUCGCACUAAGUCUUACUUUAAUAUCUCGUAUACUAUAAUGAGUGACAUCAUGAUAAUUAAUUGUUCAUAAAUUUACGGAAAUAAGAAUAAUCAUGGGAAACGACAUCGAAGAAACGUUUAUUGGAAAAAUUGACGACUGCGACAGAGAUGUUCGCAAAACCGGACAGGAAAUGGAUGUAAUAAGAGAAAGGACUGUAGCUUACGAAUAUCUUUGUCGACUUGAAGAAGCUAAAACUUGGAUGGAGGCAUGUUUGAAAGAAAAACUUCCCCAUCCCGUGGAGUUUGAGGAAUGUCUUCGUAAUGGAGUGUAUUUGGCUAAAUUAGGAAAUUUCAUAGCGCCUGAAUUAUUACCGUUAAAAAAAAUCUAUGACAUUGAUCAAAGGCGAUAUAAGAUAAUGGGUUUACAAUUUAAACACACUGAUAAUAUAAAUAAGUUUUUACAAGUACUAAAGAGGACAGAGUUGCCUGUGACUUUCCAGCCAGAGACCACAGAUAUUUAUGACAAGAAGAACAUUCCAAGAGUUAUAUAUUGUAUACAUGCUCUUAGUUCACAUUUAUUCAAGCUUGGAAAGGCUCCACUUAUUCAUGAUGUUUUUGGAAAAGCAGUAUUCACAGAUGAACAAUUGGAUUCAGUAUCGAAAGAUUUACAAAAUUGUAAACAUCCUCUGCCUAUGUUCCAAAAAAUUGGUGGCAUCCUUUCAAGAAAUAAUGUGGAUAACAAUACAAUUUUAAAUGAAGCUAUUGUUGAAUUGAAUAAUUUAUUAGACACUGAAAAACCUAUCACCACAGCCAUAUUAAAUCCAAGUUUAAAGCUAAAGUAUAUACAAAAUCAACUUAUAGAAGUAUAUAAAGAAGUUUUGAAGAAUGCAAAACAAGACAAAAUCCAAGUGGCACUCAAUCAUUCCCUAAACGAAAGUUAUGUACCAGAUGAUUUUGACGAAAUGUUAACUGUUGUUGAAAUUCAAGGUCAUAUAACUGCAACGAAUUUUAGAUAUUUAUGGAAAAAAUUAUGCACAGCAUCUCAGCAUAAUGAUAUAAAUAGUUUGCACAAAAUAUUUAAUGAGGAAUGGGUUAAAAUUAAUAAUUACGAAUACGGCAAUUUAGAUUUUUACUGUGAUGUCGUUAAGGAAAUUAUCGAUGGUAAUAAAGACAUAGAUGUCGAAAGUGUGACAAAUUGGCACAAGAUAUUUCAAAAUAUUAUCAAUGAAGGGAACAGAAAAGCAUUUGAACAUAAGGAUCAUAAAUCGGCGAUUGGUGUCGUUAAUAAAUCAUUAGACGAAGGUAACCCGAAUGAUCUUUAUGCUGCAUUAAAAAAUCCAAAUUUAGGAUUAAAUAUAAAUAUUGAUAAGUUUGCAAUGCCACUGUUAUUCGAAGAGAUGAGAUUAGAGAAAUGUGAAUUGGAAAGGAAUCUAAAUGAGAACGAAAUAGCAGCUUCUGUGGCUUAUUUAUCAUCAAUCGCGUACAUUUCUCGUGCUGUUGAAAUGGGAGAUGAAACAGCAGUUUGGAAUUCUCUUAAUUCUAAUCAGAUAAAUUUAGAAAACUUAAGGCCGCACUGUCGACGCAGAUACUUCGCAGCUCUGGUGACUGCGUUACAAGUUAAAUGUAAAGAAGAGUUUCAAUGUCCAUUACUGACACUUGACGAUAUUCGUGAUGCGAUAGAAAUGGUUAAUAUUAAGGAUGACGAUAAUGAAGAAUUGGUUGUUUUAAUAGAUAGUAUCAAUAAAACUGUAUCAACAGAAGAUACGACGACGCUAAUAACAUUAUUAAAGAAUCCUGUAUUAAAAUUGCCUGUGACUCUACAUAAAGAAGAAUAUCAUCUUUGUAUGAGAACAUUGAAAAAGAUUUUCCAUCAAAAGGAAUCACAAAAUCUAUGGUACGAUGAUAUUCUGAAUGCAGUUAAUGAAGUUCACACUGAAUCUAUAAAAGCAAAAGAACUAACUGAAGCAUUGGUACAAAUAAAUAUGGCUGUUAUUAAAAAUAAUGUUGACGAAUUUUGGAAUAUUUUAACAUCACCCAUACUUUCUGUAUCAGAAAUAAUUGAAGAAGAAUGUAUAGAAAUAUACUUCCAUAUGUUUACUAAAGCUCUUUGGAAACGACGACAUUAUAUUUGUCCUUGGAUUGUUUGUCAUACUGAAGCAGGAAAUACUUUGUACAUUGAUAUCGAAUCUUAUAACUAUAGUUGGAUAACUCCAAAAGAUUUUGUUCCACACCACAGAUAUUUAACAAAGAAAGAUGUCAGUGUGAUUGUUGAGAAAACGAACAAACAAGAAUUCAAUUCACAAACAGAAGGAUUGUCGGAGAAAAAAUUGACAAAGUUUCAAGCCCAUUGUAGGGGAUACUUAGUGAGACAGGCGACGAUAAGGGAGAAGUUGUAUAGGGAAAAUGAGGAUUUGAUAAUUAAAAUUCAGGCAUGGUGGCGGAAAAUAUUAGCUAAGAAAAAAUAUGGAACUUUAAUCAAAAUGAAAACGAUAGAAGCAAAAUUGAGACAAGAAAAGAAACGUAAUCCUUGGGCGUGGUAUAAAGCGCAGGAGCAUAAAAUUAUCAAAAUACAAGCUCUAUGGCGAGGUCGUCGCGCUCGUCAAGCCUUUGUUUCACUCUUCCAUUCACCAAACCCACCGCUAAAAGUUGUUAAAAAGUUCAUUCCGAUAUUAGAUUUUGCCACAGAGGAUUACGACAGAGAAAUAGAAUUGCAAACGUUAAAAUCUGAAGUUGUUCAAUCGAUAAGAAAGAAUCAGGAACUUUCCAAACAGAUAGACGAUAUGGAUCUUAAAAUUGGGUUGCUCGUACAAAAUCGUAUCGCUCUACAAGAGGUCGCGGCGCACGGCUUGAAACUGAACAAUUUGGUUAAAAAUAAUUCAACAACGAAACUAGUAUUUCAAAAUCGUGAAGGAAAAGGUUCCCUAAUGACGAUAUCUACGGCUGUGAAAGGGUUAAAAUCUCUUACUAAAGAGAGCAAGAGAUUGUUAGAUGGAUAUCAACAUCUAUUUUACGAGCUUCAAACGAAUCCUACAUAUUUAUCCAAACUAUUAUUCUGUAUACCACAGAACAAAACUAAUUUCUUCUUACAGAAUGUUGUUUUGAGUCUUUAUAAUUUCGGUGCGUAUGCAAGAGAUGAAUAUUUAUUGUUGAAACUGUUCCGAUUUACUCUCGAAGAAGAGAUAAGUUGCAAAGUUUCUAAGCCGUUUGAUAUAAUAGCUUCCACACCUCUGGUUCUUAAAAUGGCGGUGAGUCUUUCGCGCCAGUUGUCCGGCUUAAACAGCUUGCAGAGUAUAAUCGGCCCUCUGGUCGAGAUGAUGUUGAAGGACAAAGAUAUGAACAUUGAAACCGGUCCUGUGGAAAUUUACAAGGCCUGGAGAAAUGAAACUGAAAUGAAGACGGGGCAAAUUUCGAAAUUACCAUAUACAGUAAGUCAAGAAGAAGCCUUAAAAUAUCCAGAAGUGAAAUCGAGACUACAAGUGGCGUUGAAUCAGCUGAGAACCGUCGUAACCAUGUUUUUGGAUAAAAUUAUAAGUUCAACGGAACUUUUGCCAUUCUGCAUCACUUAUAUGUCGCGGGUUUUACAUCGCUCGUUGACCUCCAAGUUUCCACAUACACCAGAAAAAGACAUUCUCAAGGUGAUUGGUAAUCUAGUUUAUUACCAGUUUUUGAACGCGGCGAUAGUAGCUCCCGAUGCGUUUCAUAUAAUCAACAUGCCCAACGGCGCGGGACUCACCACCGACCAGAGGAAAAACCUCGCCUCUGUUGCCAAAAUACUACAUUUCUCUGCAGCGAAGAAAGGCUUCGGCGAGGAGUCCAGCCACUUGCGCUGUCUUAACCCGUUCAUAGUGGAGUGUCACGAGAAGAUGAAGGAGCUGUUCCGUCGCUGCUGCCGCGGACCCACGCUCGAGGAGUACUUCGCAGUAGACGAGUACACGGAGGCCACUCUGCUGCAUCAUCCCCAUAUUUAUAUCACUGUUCAGGAAAUAGUAGAUACGCACGCUCUUCUCGUAGAAUAUCAAGACAUAUUAGCACCAGAUCCGAACGAUCGUCUUAACGAUUUGCUCGAGGACCUUGGGGAAGUGCCCACGGUGGCACAGCUCGCUUCUCGAGAUGUUGACUCUCAAGGUGCAGACGUCGAGGAGAAUGCCAGAUUAGAAGUGUGUUUGGCGCUCGUCAAUAAAUUCCAAGCUCCUGCCGACGACAUGACGGAUCUUAAUAAAUUGUUUAUCAAGACUAAAGAGUUAUGCGUCGCUAUAAUUCCAUUCCUCAAUGGUGAACAUCUCUUAGAAGCUCUUUGUAUUGGAACGACUAGAGAACAACAAGAAUUGUAUAACGAAAAGGUACAAAAACGUAUCUAUUCAGGUCAAGCUCGGCCCGACGAAGCUAUGUCUCUCCGCGAGCACAUAGCGAAGUUACGACGCAAUCUGCAAAUGCUUGAAGAAGAGGGUUACGUGACCCGAGAGGAUGGGUACCAGGCCUUAGUGACCUCUAUAGCUUUGGACCUCUGCAACAAGGGCAAGUACAGGCAGGCGCAGAGGCGCGCUCUGACAACGCUCACACGAACCAAACAAAGUCUUAUUGAAAAAACUAAAUACUAUGAAGAUAAAUGUAAAUCAUAUGACCAGUAUAUCAAGUCUUGUUUGGCGAAUCUCCAUACCGGCAAAAAGAGUGUGCACGCGUGUCUAAGAAGAUCCGGUAAGGAUAUUCAAAAGUUGAAGUCUAAGUUGACUGUAAAGUACACUGGUGCUAAGUUGUUAGAAAGAGGUGUCUUGCUCGAAAUUGACGGCUUAUCUAAGUCGCAGUUCAAAAAUGUUCAAUUUGACAUCACGCCUACUGACCAUUAUGGUGUAUUCACUGUUAAGGGGAAGUUUAUGGGCGUAGAAAUGGAAUCUAUAGAUAUAGACAUACAAGAUUUAUUACAACGACAAUAUGAAGGCUGCGCCGUAAUGGACUUGUUUGGUAAAGCUAAAAUUAAUGUUAAUUUACUGAUAUUUUUAUUAAACAGUAAGUUUUAUGGUAAAUCUAAGUCGUAGUUUUGUGAUUUGGUAUGGACCAGAAUUCGACAAACCUUUUAUAUGUACAAAUUCAUAUACCAAAAUAAAAAUUUCAUUUCAUGAAGUAUUCCUAACCAAAUAUUUAUUUAUAUUUACACCAAUUAUUUGUUACUUAUACCA